GUCCAAAGCUAUGCUUGGUCAAAGAAAAAGGGUGAAAGGCAAGUGUGAUGAUGGAGAAAGCAGAGCAAGAACUGGAGAGGAGAAGCAAGUUCUUGAACAGCUUGAUUCUGAGGAAGAAGGCGGUGGAGCACCAUGAUCAGAGCUUCAAUGUCCGGGUCAGGGCUUCCGACAUGCCGCCGCCUCUUCAGACCAGGGCGUUUAGGUGCGCCAAGGAGAAUCUAGACUCCAUGCCUUCUGGGAAGCUUGACAGCAAACGCCUCGCUCUUGCCCUCAAGAAGGAAUUUGACUCGACUUUUGGUCCAGCUUGGCAUUGCAUCGUGGGAACGAGCUUCGGUUCAUACGUCACACACUCCCACGGAGGAUUUUUGUACUUUUCGAUCGACAAGGUCUACAUUCUUCUAUUCAAGACUGCUGUAGAACCCUUAAAUCAUUGACAGAUCGAAGUACUAAUCCCUACACCCCUUGUAAUUUUUGAAAACUUGUGUUGGGUGUGUGUAUGUGUUCUUGAAUUGUAUAUCAUCCAAAGUUGAAAGAACAUUGAUUUCUGGGAAUGCAUACGUUUUAUCGAUUAACUUGAGAGUUCCUAGCUUGCUGUGUUAAACCACCAUUGUUCUUGGAACAUAUUUCUAUGAAUUUGUGAAAUUUUUACCACCUUUUUGGAGA